AUGCCGGACAUGGAGAGGCAGCCCAGGCGACGGGCAGUUGCCGUGGAGUUGGCAGAGUUCACGGAGCUAAUGGGGCAGCGGGUGGAACAUCAGUUUGGUGGAGAUUGGUGCUUUUCGUAUGUUCGAUGGAAUUACUGGUUCAGGCAACAGCUGCAUCGUGCAAGAGGGCUGUCCCUACGGCGUAUAGGCGGUGGGGAAGAUGGAGAAGGUGAAUUGCGAGGAGAGGUGCUGAAGAAUGCGGCGUGUGAGAUCAGUGCGGGUUUGUCUGGCAAGUAUUUGUGGAGCGAUGGGCACAUGCGGCCUGUGGGUGGGGACCUCAACAAAGUUGCCUAUGUUCCAGGCCUAUCCCAGGAGGCUUUGCGAUUGCUGCAGGAGGCGAGACACAUCAUGGGGAAGCUGCCUGGCACAAGUGGUGUGAGGACUUUGAUGAGGUAUCGGGCCAAGGCUAUGCAAGUUGCGUAUGGUGCACCCGUGUUUGUGACGUUGAGUCCAGCAGAAAAGCAUAACUACUUGAUGCUUCGCCUAGCAAGGUGGCGCCGAACAGACCCAGCGGUAGUGCAAGAUCCUUCGCUGCAGAAAGUGGCAGGCCGUUUGCGGCCAGGCCCUGAAGACAGGAGUGCAUGGCCAGACUUCGAGGAGAGACGUCAGGUACUGGCUCUGAAACCAGCAGCGGCUGUGUUGGGCUUUCGAGUGCAUGUGCUUUUGCUGUUGAGAGCAGUCUUUGGUAUCCGGACAUGCUUGUUUUGCCUCGCGUGUCAGUCGCAGAAGGAUGCUGAGUCGUUUUGUAGCGAUCUGGAGGGGAAUGCCUCAGAACUGGUAGGAGGUGCCUUUGGGCGGUGCGCCGCUGCAUUUUUCAGCAUCGAAAGUCAGAAGUCAAGUGCCCUGCAUGUGCAUGGGCAUGUUGUCAUUGAAGGUUUGCAGCAAGUGGCCACGCUGGAGGAACUUGGCCAGAGGAUUGUGGCGGAGGGCGAGGCAGUGGUGGAGGCGUUUCUUCGUUUCAAGCAGCAUGUUUGCAUGCAAGAGCAUGCGAUGCCCAGCAGAUGGGAUGAAGGUGAGAGGGCCCGCGUGGAGGAGGAAUGGGGCCUGACGGAGGAAGAGAUGGUGUCUGAAGGGGAAGUCUGGAAGCAGAAGUACAGAGGGGAUGUGCAGGAGGUGCAGAUGACGCGGCAACAUCAUAUCCACCCAAAAGAUAAGAAGGGGGAAAGGCAGCCUCUGGCUGGGUGCAGGAAAAGUGAGAACAAGAGCCAGUGUCGUGCAGGGUAUCCUAUGGACAGUCAAGUGACGUCGGAGGGCAUGGUAGUGUGCCCGGGAGUAGCGGAAAAAUUUGGCUUGGCUUUGACUGGAAGGCGGAACUCACUAGGUAGCUUGUUUGGACCACGAAGCUGUCCGUGGCUGAAUGGCAGUCAUCCGGCAUUGCUAGCUGCUGGCAGACACAACUCGGAUGUGCAGUUGAGUUGCAGGUUGCCGCUUUGCAAACAGAGCCACUGGAGUCUCUGCAGUAAGCAAUGUGUGGAGCAGGUGGGGGCAGCAGAGCUACAGAGAAUAGCGCAGGCAGCCAUGGCAGCCCAAAUUGGAUAUUCAACUGACUAUUGCACGAAGAGGCAAGCGGGUAGUUUAUAUGAAUGCCGUGAAUUUGCCCGUGGGCAUGCAGCCAUGUCUCGGAAGAUAGCAGGUGAAAAGUCGAUCCCGCAGGUGAGCAGGAGACAUGCCCAACGGAUUGUGGCCGACUGCUUCGUUCGGGGCAUCGUGCGAGGGGCCGUCGAUACAGAGAACCUCAACAUGCAUGCUGUGGCGACGCAGUGGGACCCUUGUGCGGCUGAAUGCAUGCAAACUUUUCGGACAGCGGUGUUGCCUGGAGCGGCGCUGUUGGAGGUCAUAGAGCGCGCCUCAGAGGGCAAGUCUUUGAGAGGCAUGAAGGGCAAUCUGCAAGUGGUGCAAGGUGAAGUGGUGCUGCGGGACUUGGCCCUUCUGUAUGGUUUGAGAGGAAGUGAGGUAGCUGUGGCUUAUUUAAGCCCGUAUGAAUUUGUGCGUUACUGGGAAGUGAAGUUGGUAGCAGUUGUUGGCCAGGAGCCUGGGCGAUGGAGGAGGGUGGUGCGUUUCCCCAAGUCUGUAGAGUUUCCAGAGUUGAGCAGGAUGCUUGGAUGUGGUGCAUGGUUGCCUGAAUUCCGAGGGUGUCCAGUAGGACGGCCAGGAGCGAUGACGCCAGAACGACGAGCGCAGCUGCUGUUGGUGUAUUUUACGCCUUGGGUGCUGGACGGGAGCAUGGAGAGGCCGCCGCAUGUGGUGCACGCGCAGCAGUUGCAGGCAGCAGGAGACGAUGGGCAGAGAAAGUCGUGGCAGGAGGGUUUGAAUGCUUACCUGAAGAGAGGGUGCCUGAGCCAGGAAAUUUGCCAGAUCAUGCAGAAUUUCAUUUUGGUUUUUUUUGUGCGGUAUCCGGCCGCCAGUGGAGAGGAUGAAAGUGACGAUGGGGAGCAGGAUGUUGAGCUCCAGCCGUCGGGAGCUUAG